GGAGGAAGGUAGUGCACUCCGGGGAGCUGCGCUGAGAUCUUUGAGACACGGACGCAGGCGGCAGCAGCGAGAGCAUCAGCAGCAUCAAACACAGACCCGCUGUACGGGGCUCGGCAGCCUCCCUCCGUCCCUCCGUGUCUCCGUGCCCAGCCAUGAAACAGACAUUACUGGACCUCAUGAGGAUGAGUAGGAUCUGCCGGAUGGUGCUGGCCACUUGUUUAGGAUCUUUUAUUCUGGUCAUCUUCUAUUUCCAAAGUAUGUUCCAACCAGUUAUGAGGCGGAACCCAUUUGCAGCGGAGGGCUGCUGUCGGAAAGGCUCCAGAAAUGCCCUACAGGAGCUGUACAAUCCCACACAGGCCGAGUUCUCUGCAGCGGCAGUGUUGCAUCAGGCCCGGCGGGAUCAAGUGGCGGACACGUGCCGUGCCCACAGCGCGUCCAGCCGCAAGCGACGCGUCCUGACUCCCAGUGACCUCAAGCACCUUGUGGUGGAUGAUGAGCAUGAGCUCAUCUACUGCUACGUCCCCAAGGUGGCCUGCACCAACUGGAAGCGGGUCAUGAUGGUGCUGAGCGGCCGGGGCAAGUACAGCAACCCCAUGGAGAUCCCUUCCAACGAGGCCCACGUGCCCUCCAACCUCAAAACCCUCAACCAGUACAGCAUUCCCGACAUCAACCACCGACUCAAGAGCUACCUCAAGUUCCUCUUUGUGCGCGAGCCCUUCGAGCGGCUGGUGUCGGCCUACCGCAACAAGUUCACGCUCCGAUACAACACCUCAUUUCACAAACGCUACGGGACGAAGAUUGUGCGGCGUUACCGGAAGAACGCAACCACCGAGGCGCUGCAGAGCGGCGCUGAUGUGAAGUUCGAAGAGUUUGCGGAGUACCUGGUGGACCCGGGCACUCAGAGAGAAGCUCCGCUCAACGAACACUGGCAGACGGUUUACUCGCUCUGCCACCCCUGCCACAUCCACUACGACCUGGUGGGCAAGUACGAGACUCUGGAGGAGGACGCCAACUACGUGCUCAAACUGGCAGGGGUGGGCGACUCCUUGCGCUUCCCGACGUACGCCAAAUCAACUCGUACCACCGACCAAAUGGCGGCCAUGUUUUUCAACAACAUCAGCUCGCUGCAGCAAGGCCAGCUGUACCAACUCUACAAACUGGACUUUCUAAUGUUCAACUACUCUAUUCCCAACUACCUAAAACUGCAGUAAACACACGUACGCAGUUACGCACACGUUCCGAGCUUGCUCAACAAGGUUGAGCAAUGGGAGAAGGGCCUUGGCCACAAGACACAGGAGGGGGAAUCAACCGAGCACUCAAAUGUAAAAUUGUAUUUAUAUUCCGCAGGGACGGUUGCUUAAUUUCGAGAUGGCUAAGGAGCUCUCGGUCAACAGCAAAUGCGGACCACUUUGAAAGACUGAUGUAUUUGCCCAUCGAAUUGUACAUUUUCAGUGUAAAGGCUCCAAACAUCAAAAGCAAUAUGACAGACUCUGAGCUAUACCUGCUCAAAUGGUUUAUCUAUUAAUAUACUCAGCCAGCCGCUGCCGCCAUUAUUGAAGCUUCACAGAAAGGAGCACCUAGACUAAUAAUAAGACUCGAGAUACAAUCAGACUUCAAUUCCCCACUUCUAAUUUCAUGUUCCCUUUGGAAGUUCCCUCGCUUCUCUCCCAUACUCAGACGGCCUUUGUGUGUGUGUAUUUAUACGGUGCAUAUUUAAAGUGCACACUAAAAUAAGAGGCAUUGAAUGGUGCCUUCCUGAAAGGGGCAGGUCUAAAUGUGAGUGACAGGCAGGGGCUCCGCCCACUGGGUCAGUCAGGGAGCAUCUGUAGCAGUCGGGAGGUCAGAGGUCACUGCGGGUCGGCCUCAAGCACACUGUUCCCACAACCCCUCCUCCCUUGGUUGGUCUUAAGUAAGGAUUUUGGAUGUUUUGUUUCGUUUUGUAUUUGUUUAUAAUGGAAAAAGUUGCUGCGAGCAGCACGUUCUAAUAUUAUUUGAAUUACUGUGUGAAAUAGAGAUGAGAAAGACUUAAUAUUUUGUUUCCAGGAAAGGAAUUCAGCUUAGAGCUAGAGACUUUCUGAGGUUUAAUUGUCAUAAUUCGCUCACUCAUAUUUCUCCUCGCCUCAUAUGUAGAACACUGUUGCUGGGAUACCUCGCUGGUUGUUUUGUGACGGGUGUAUCGGAAACGGGCAGGACUUUGUUUUCUGAGCUGUUCUCAUGGGAAAGUUUCACACAGUGGUGUGUGUCUGAGAGAGGGAGAGAAAAUACAAGCAAAUCUGUUCCAUCCAUUAGAUGAAUUAUAUGUCUUUCUCAAUUUGAGUUCAAAGGAACAGCCUUUAACUUAGCAAGCUGUCUUUUAUGAUCUUAAUUUGCUUUGACGGUGCACGAAAAUUAUAAAAAUUACUUAUUUAUGUGCACAGUUGGCCACAAGUGGGUGCGUCCGAGUGCUUUAUUUCAAUGUCUUUGUCUGAAGCAUAUCUUGACUCUGGCUAAAGGCUUCUUUUAGCUUUCUCCCUCCCACAUCUCUUUGCUUUUUAGGAAAAAUCCCGGGUUUAUUUGGCCAGAAUAAGCGAGUGCUGAUUAGCAGGUUUUUAAGUUCUGUAGAACAGGGUUUUUAAUGAAGACCACACACACUCACACACACUUGUGGCAGCACCCUAGUAAUUCAGGGGCUAAAACGUGGCAAAAAAGCAAACGGGUAAAAAAAAAUCGUUUUAAAGCCAAGCCACGUUAUCAACCUUUCUACAUAGUACAGCUAUUUCUUUCUCACGCUGCUUUUCCUAAAUCUUAUCCUACCCAAAAAAGCUUUGAAAAAAAAGAUUAAAAUUCUCAUGCAGAUUCCUUACUGUGGAAAACCAGUAAUUGCAAAACACAUUUCUUUUAACCGAGUUGCAUUUUAGUAGCCUAAUUAUGGUAACUGACUGGCUGGUUAGGUGAAAAACUCAUGCCAGAAAUUCCAGCAGAUAAAUUUAAACACAUAAAACCUUUAUCUAAUCUGUUCAAAUCUCUGCUCUUCUCUUCUCCAGAACAAGAAAUGAAUCAGAAGUGAAACAAAUCACUCAAGCCUGAACUUCAUUUUUGAAUCAUCAGCUCUGAAAACAAAGCAUGCCUGAAUGGUUUCUCGGUUUAUACUGUUUAUUUCAUUUGUUCUGUAACAACAAACAUGGUACAGCCUCAUUAGCGCCCACACGACAGCCACGCUAAUACACGCAUUAGCGCCCACAUUAGCAGGCACAGUGCCUUUCAAACUGUCACUCUAUCACAUGCAGUACAGCUCACUCACGUUGCAUGUGGCAUUUUUCAUUUUUAGAAAUACAAAACACGAUUUUCUUUAUUUAUGUUUCUGAGCACUUUCCCAGAUGGAGCUAACUUUACACACAAUGGCUAGGCUCACCUUCCACAAAUGCUUACCUGUAUGUGCCUGUUUAAUAAUCAGUGUCUGCAUUGGUUCAACAUUGCUGUAUUUGUUUUCAGUGAGCGUCUGCUCACAUUCUUGAGCUCACGGACAGUAUCCGCAGUUUAAUUUAUUUAUUUAUUCCUCCUCUGUAUUCAGGAUGGACUCUGCCGGGUCACUGGGUUGGACCCUCGCACUGUAAAUGGGAAAAUUCAAAACAAGUGAACUGUCGGAUCAAUGCGCUCCCUGGAGAACACGCUCACACUCUCUCUCUAUCUCUGUUUUCUCAAUAAAGCUGAAACUGAAACCCUUAGUGGCCAAUUUGUCACUGUCUGUGUCUCCACAUAAUCAUUAAACUUGAGUGAAAAUGUUGUUGGUUGUUAAAGGGAUCUUUUUAACACAGCUGUUCCUCCUCAUUUGGUGUGGUUUGCAGCGUUUUAUGCUAAGAUGAUCUAUAGGAGAACAUCAAAUCUUUUUCAAAAACCUGCACAGCACGGCCCUGCUUACAGCUU